AUGGAUAAAAGUGAGCUGGUACAGAAAGCCAAACUCGCCGAGCAGGUGGAGUGCUACGAUGACAUGGCUGCGGCCGUGAAGGCAGUCAUGGAGCAGGGGCACGAGCUCUCCAAUGAGGAGAGAAAACUGCUGUCUGUUGUCUACAAGAACAUGGUCAGGGGGCUUCCCUGUGCCCGCCGUUCUUCCUGGCGUGUCAUCGCCAGCAUCAAACAGAAAACAGAGAGGAAUGAGACGCAGCAGCAGAUGGGCAAAGAGUACCGUGAGAAGAUCAAGGCAGAGCUGCAGGACAUCUGCAACGAUGUUCUGGACCUGUUGGACAAAUACCUUAUUCCCAAUGCUACACAACCAGAAAGUAAGGUGUUCUACUUGAAAAUGAAAGGCGAUUAUUUUAGAUAUCUUCCUGAGGUGGCAACUAGAGAUAAUAAACAAACCACUGUGUCAAACUCCCAGCAGGCUUACCCGGAAGCAUUUGGAAUUAGUAAGAAAGAAAUGCAGCCUACACACCCAAUUCAACUGGGCUUGGCAUUUAAUUUCUCCGUCUUUUACUAUGAGAUUCUAAACUCUCCUGAAAAGGCUUGCAGCCUGGCAAAAACGGCAUUUGAUGAAGUGAUUGCUGAAUUGGACACACUGAAUGAAGAGUCUUACAAAAACAGCAUCCUGAUCAUGCAGUUGCUUAGGGACAAUCUCACUCUGUGGACGUUGGAAAACCAGGGAGGCGAAGGAGAUGCUGGGGAGGGAGAGAACUAA